CGCUGGCCUGAAUGGGCUUCCGGGUCCGCGGCCGCCGGGAGGAGCCAGCGGUGCUCCCGCGCCCCGCGCCCCGCGCCCGCCCGGCCAAACCCCGCCGCGAGGGCCCCGGAGGGCAGCGGCCACCGCGCCGGCCGCGGUCUCUUUCCCUGGCGGCGGCGGCGGCUUCUUCCGUAGGACAAUAUGUUCAAGAGAAUGGCCGAAUUUGGGCCUGACUCCGGCGGGAGAGUGAAGGGGGUUACUAUUGUUAAACCAAUAGUUUAUGGUAAUGUUGCUCGCUAUUUUGGAAAGAAAAGAGAAGAGGACGGGCAUACCCAUCAGUGGACAGUAUAUGUGAAACCAUAUAGAAAUGAGGAUAUGUCAGCUUAUGUGAAGAAAAUCCAAUUUAAAUUGCAUGAAAGUUAUGGCAAUCCUUUAAGAGUCGUUACUAAACCUCCAUAUGAAAUUACUGAAACAGGAUGGGGUGAAUUUGAAAUAAUCAUCAAAAUAUUUUUCAUUGAUCCUAAUGAAAGACCUGUAACCCUGUAUCAUUUGUUGAAGCUGUUUCAAUCAGAUACCAAUGCAAUGCUGGGGAAAAAGACAGUGGUUUCAGAAUUCUAUGAUGAAAUGAUAUUUCAAGAUCCAACAGCAAUGAUGCAGCAGUUAUUAACAACAUCUCGCCAGCUAACAUUAGGUGCUUAUAAACAUGAAACAGAAUUUGCAGAAUUGGAAGUGAAAACCAGAGAAAAAUUAGAAGCUGCGAAAAAAAAGACAAGCUUUGAAAUUGCUGAACUUAAGGAGAGAUUAAAAGCAAGUCGGGAAACUAUAAAUUGCUUAAAAAAUGAAAUUAGAAAACUUGAAGAAGAUGAUCAGACAAAAGAGAUAUAAACAGUUCUGAAGAGAAGUUGAUUAUAAGGUGAAAGGAAAAUAAGGUGAAUUUUAAAGGGGAAAUGGACAUUCAGGGGUAUAAUGUUACUUUAAAAAACUGCACAUAGUUGUUGACCGUAGAUUUCUCAGCAGUCGGUAAACUGUAAUUUUUAAGUACUCUUUAAUGUGAAAUGUAUGUGUAUAAUAAUGAAUGUUGUAUAGGCAUUUAUCAACCCAUUUUUGGGUAAUUUCCUGAUGCUAAGCACAAUGUAAAAUUUUAUAAUGCCUUGUAUGUAUUUUUAUCUUUUUGACAGGCCUCAGAAUUCAUUAUAAAGUCUGAUUUGAUGAUUUUUUUGUAUACUACCCUUGUAGUUAGAAUUAAUGAUAAAAUUAAUGUGUAUAUUUAAUUUCUUAAGUUCUUGUCUUGCCCUGUCCUAACAGUUUUGUAUCUGAGGUACUCAAUUAGUACUCAAUAAAUGUGUUUUAUGGAUUCUGUUCCUGA